AUGUUAAGACUAAUAAUUUUAUUGGUGCUUUCGGUGUUAGUUGCCAAUUCCUUGGCACAUCAAAGAAAAUCAGUCAAUGAAGAUUUGAUUAUAACUUUACAUCAUGGUGGAAAAAUUCUUGGCGAAAAGAAGUCUCUUUCAUUAAAUUCGGACAAAAAAUAUUUUUCCUUCAAAGGCAUUCCUUAUGCCGAACCACCAAUGGGAGAACUUCGCUUUAGAAGUCCUCAACCUCAUCCAGGAUGGAAUGGAAUUCGCAAUGCAACAGAACAUGGCAAUAUCUGCGUGCAAUUUGGUAAAUUGAAUAGCUCUGAAGACUGUCUCUUUUUGAACGUUUAUACGCCAUCAAACCUUAAUCCAACUGAAAAAUAUCCUGUGAUGUUUUGGAUUCACGGAGGAGCAUUCAACGGUGGAUCUGGAAAUUCCAUGUUCUAUGGACCGGAAUUGUUGGUCAAAGAAGACGUUAUUGUUGUCACCAUAAAUUAUCGUUUAGGAUUUCUCGGAUUCUUUUCCACUAAUGAUCGAUCGGCACAGGGAAAUUAUGGAUUGAAAGAUUGCGUUGAAGCGCUUAAGUGGGUUCAAAAAAAUAUCGAAGCAUUUGGCGGUGAUCGGAAUCGCGUAACAAUUUUUGGACAAUCUGCUGGUGGAAGCAUGGUUCAUCAUCUUAUUUUAUCUCCAAUGGCUAAAGGACUUUUUCAUGGAGCUAUUUCUCAAUCAGGCACAGCCUUAAAUGCUUGGGGCUUGCAACCAUAUCCACGAUCUGUCGCAUUUGAAGCUGCUAAACUGUUAAAUAUUACAUUCAAUUCAACGGAAAAUUUGGUAAACCAACUUCGCGACAUUCAAGAUCCAUAUCAGUUUGCAGUUGUUGGAGAACUGCUCGAAGAUAAAGAACAAAUGGCAGGAUAUCAUCCUUAUCCUUUUGAGCCAUCAGUUGAACCAGAGGACUCCGAUGAACCCCGAUUCUUGCCAGAUACACCGUUAAAAAUUCUUCAAAGUGGAGACUUUAAUAAAGUUCCAUGUAUUUUUGGUUCUACGGAUGACGAAAUGCUAGCUGUAAUUGACAAACAAAGAAAAGAUCCUGACCAUCUUUCACUAUAUAACAACGAUCCAAAUCUUUUACUGCCAUAUGAGUUUUUUAUUCAACCUAACACUGAAGCAGCAGAAGAUAUCCUUAACAAUAUCCGAAAAACGUAUUUCAACGGUCAAACGGAAAUCAAUGAUAUAAUGGAGUUUCUUAAAUUUGGUGACGAUCGAGUAUUUUUAUACUCAAUUUAUAAAACAGUAGAGAUGCAUGCUAGAAAACAAACAGCUCCCAUAUUUUAUUACAUUUUUUCAUAUGAUGGCUCUUUAAACUUGGGCAAAAAAUUAUCGUCACUUUCCGAAUACGAUGGCGCCAUGCAUUCCGAUGAUCUAGGAUAUUUGUGGAAAUUGUUACAAAUGCCCGCACCUAUUAAGCCAAGUGAUCCAGCGAGAAUAGUAAGACAACGAAUGGUAAAAAUGUGGGCAAAUUUCAGUAAAUACGGACAUCCAACGCCUAAUGUUACUGAAUUAAUUUCCGUAGAGUGGCCAAAAGUUCGAAACCAUCAAGAGUUUUUGGAAAUUGGAGAAGAAUUGAUACCAAAAAUCGAUCCCUUUAGCCAACGAAUGGCUAUGUGGAAAGAAAUGGACCAAAAAUAUAACAAUGCACAGUAAAAUUCAAGCUUUGAAAAAAUUGUUUUAAAAAUAUUGUGUGUAAAAAAUAAUAUUGUUCCAAUGCAAAUUGGUAAAAUUACGCGUUUCAACGUUAACUGAUACAAAAGGUCAAUAAAUUGGUUUGU